CCCUACUGGCAGAGCAGAAACCAUCCAGAAUGGACGACAGUCAGCAAACGCCGCUGUUUACAUUCGGCCUGAUCGCGGACAUCCAGUACGCAGACAUCGACGACGGGUUCAACUACGCCCGGACUCGGAGGAGGUACUACCGCAACAGCCUCCAGCUGCUGAGGAACGCCAGGGAAAGUUGGUCAGAGUCGGCUGUCAAACCUGAGUUUAUCCUCCAGCUGGGGGACAUCAUCGACGGAUUCAACAAGCCGCACAACGCCUCGGAUCGAGCCCUGGAUACGGUGUUGAGAGAGUUCAGCUCCAUCCCCGUGGAGGUGCACCAUGUGUGGGGGAACCAUGAGUUUUAUAACUUCAGCCGGAGUCAGCUGUUGGGGUCAAAGCUCAACUACACCCUGCACACCCACAGGAAGCUGAGUGGAGCCAGGCCCAGGGACGACAUCUACGCCUACCAGUUCAGUCCCUUCCCUGGGUUCAGGUUCGUGGUCCUGGACGCUUAUGAUGUGAGUCUUCUGGGCCGAGAGGAGAGCAGUGAGGAGUACAGGAGGGCUCUGAGUCUGAUCAGACAGUACAACAACAACGAGGACCUGAACCAGCCCCCAGUUGCAAAACAGAGGUUUGCCAUGUUCAACGGUGGCUUCAGUAAAGACCAGCUGGACUGGUUAGAUUCCAUUUUGUCCUCAGCUGAUGAGAGGCAUGAGAAAGUCACCCUUGUCAGUCACCUCCCCGUACACCCGUGCUCCACCGAUCCGGUCUGCCUCGCCUGGAACUACAACGAGCUCUUAGAAAUCAUCCAGUCUCACUCCAGCGUGGUGUGUUUCAUGGCCGGACACGACCACGACGGAGGAUAUUACUGGGACAAAGACGGAGGAGUGCACCACCUGACCGUGGAGGGGGUGAUCGAGACUCCGCCCAACUGUAACGCCUUCGCCACGGUGUCUGUGUACGACGACAGGAUGGUCCUGAAAGGGAACGGGAGGAUCGAAGACCGAGUCCUGAUGUUCCCAUAAUGCCUGAGGGACAGUGAAAUUAAGAAUGCACCACUGAUGAAGGGCUUUAUAUAAUAUCUAUGGAUUCAGACAUGUACGGUGUAUUUCACAUUUGAAAUUUACUGGUUUGAAAAUGUACGCUGGUCACUUUACAAGAAGCAGAAUGACUUUUAAGCUCCAAGUUGAGUUAAAUAUUUAUUGCACAGUGAAGGGCUUUCCUACUACAUAUUUGACGUAUUUUAAUCAAUUUAUUUAAAAAAAACAAAACAAAACAGUAAUGUCUCAAAAAGUUAAGCAAUAAAUUUAUGAGGACAAAUUCGAUAAAAUGAUAAGAAUAAGAAAAAAGUUGGAUAUUAUCUAAGAUUUGAGUGGCAAAUUUCGGAGAAUAAAUUACAAUCUUAUUCUAGUAGAUUUCUAACUUUAAAGCAGCAGGAAUUGAAAUCUACAGACUAAAAUCUGACAGAAUUUCUAAGUUUUUAUCUUCAUAUUAAGUAUUGCAUCAAAAGUAGAAAAGCUCUGAUGAUAUAAACUAAAGGUUCUAUCACUCUUGUUACUAAACAGUCCGUCACCACUGGAAUAUAUUUCAUAGGAAAAUGUUUACAACAAUACAAUGGUUACAACAAUAAUGGUUGUUUUUUUAUUUUCCAGAAAAAAGUACUAUACCUCAAAUCAUGUUUUAUUUUCUGACAUCCUGAAUGUUAAAUAAUCGCUGUAAAGAGUGUGUUUGAGUCAAGGAACAAUUUUAAAUUUAUCAUAUUUAUAUGAACAAACUUGAGUUUAUUGCUGCUUUUUUUGCAUAUGGUGUUUUUGUACAUGAUUAACCUCUAUUUGAACAUUAUUGGUGAGUCGUUUAUUGUGCAAUGCAGUUUCAGUUAGGAUCAGUGUGAUGAUCACUAUAAUCAUUACAUUGUAUUAACAAUAAAAAUAUUCUGCCACUUC